CUUAUAGGAUUUGACUAGAGCUUCGACCUGUCUCGAGCGGGGCAACUAGCCAAAGGCUGAAGUAGAGGUAGAUAUUUGCUUUUUACUAUGAAAAGAACUGCAUAGUUAACUAUUUUGAAUUAAAGGUAAGCAUAUUAUCUCAAAGUAAAACUAGAUUUAGUGAGACUAUUAUGCACAUGGAACACAAAUGCCCGCUAUAACCGCUUGUACCGGAUACUAUGCAUUUCCAGUGGAACUAAGAGAUAUGGGAUUGAAUGAAAUCCUUCUCGGUGAAUGAAGAAAUAUCAAAUACUCGAGACAGAGAAGAAGUACGGACAUGGCUGACAGGACCGCUCCGAAUUGUCACCUGCGACUAGAGUGGGUUUACGGUUAUCGUGGACAUCAGUGCCGCAACAACCUGUACUACACAGCUGCCAAGGAAAUAGUGUACUUUGUCGCCGGUGUGGGAGUAGUGUACAACACACGGGAACACAAGCAAAAAUUUUACUUGGGCCACAACGAUGAUAUAAUCAGUUUAGCUCUGCAUCCGGAGCGUGUGCUGGUAGCCACGGGACAGGUGGGCAAGGAGCCUUACAUCUGUGUGUGGGAUUCCUACACCGUACAGACCGUGUCCAUCCUCAAGGACACGCACACACACGGAAUCGCCUGCCUGGCCUUUGACCUCGAUGGACAGUGUUUGGUCUCAGUGGGUCUGGACUCCAAAAACACAAUCUGUGUGUGGGACUGGAGGAGGGGCAAGGUGCUGGCAGCAGCUCCUGGCCACACUGACAGGAUAUUUGACAUAUCGUGGGACUUGUACCAGCCAAGCAAGCUUGUUAGCUGUGGUGUCAAACAUAUCAAGUUUUGGAGCUUAUGCGGCAACGCCCUGACCCCUAAGCGAGGAGUUUUUGGCAAAACGGGAGAUCUCCAAACCAUCCUCUGUCUGGCCUGUGCCAGAGACGAGGUCACAUAUUCAGGUGCCUUGAACGGGGACAUCUACGUCUGGAAGGGCAUCAACCUGAUCCGGACAGUUCAAGGGGCCCACGGGUCAGGGAUUUUCAGCAUGAAUGCCUGUGAAGAGGGCUUUGCCACCGGGGGCCGGGACGGCUGCGUCCGGCUAUGGGAUCUCAACUUCAAACCAAUUACUGUCAUCGAUCUCAGGGAAACAGACCAGGGAUAUAAAGGGUUGUCAGUGCGCAGCGUGUGUUGGCGGGGGGAUCAUAUCUUGGUGGGCACCCAGGACAGUGAGAUAUUUGAGGUGGUGGUCCACGAUCGCACCAAGCCCUUCCUCAUAAUGCAGGGUCACUGUGAAGGAGAGCUGUGGGCGCUGGCUGUGCACCCCACCAAGCCCCUGGCCAUGACCGGCAGUGAUGAUCGCUCUGUCAGAAUAUGGAGCCUUAUAGAUCAUGCGCUGAUAGCUCGCUGUAAUAUGGAGGAGCCUAUUCGCUGUGCAGCUGUGAGCACAGACGGCAUUCACCUGGCACUUGGCAUGAAGGAUGGCUCCUUUACUGUCCUACGGGUCAGAGACAUGACAGAGGUGGUCCACAUCAAGGACAGGAAGGAGGCCAUCCAUGAGCUGAAGUACUCUCCUGAUGGAGCUCACCUGGCCGUGGGCUCCAAUGAUAACUCUGUGGACAUCUACAGCGUGGUGCAGAGGUAUAAGAAGGUGGGAGAGUGCAUUGGCUCCACUAGCUUCAUCACACACAUGGACUGGUCCACAGACAGCAAGUAUCUGCAGACCAAUGACGGCAACAGAAAGAGGCUCUUCUACAGGAUGCCAAGCGGUAAAGAGGUCACCAACAGGGAAGAGUUGAAGCUGGUGCAGUGGUCCUCAUGGACGUGUGUGUUGGGCCCCGAGGUCAACGGAAUAUGGCCCAAAUACUCAGAGAUCAAUGACAUCAACUCUGUUGAUGCCAACUUUAAUAAUCAAGUUUUAGUAACAGCAGAUGAUUAUGGAUUAGUGAAGCUUUUACGGUACCCGUGUGUAAGAAAAGGGGCAAAGUUUAAAAAGUAUUUAGGUCACUCUGCCCAUAUAACCAAUGCCAGGUGGUCACAUGACUACCAGUGGGUGAUAACUAUUGGUGGAGCUGACCACUCAGUGUUCCAGUGGAAGUUUGUUUCAGACAGAAAGUCGAAAGAAGCUCUUCACAUAGCACCUCAAGAGACGUUGGGCGACUCCAACAGUGAGGAGUCGGACUCGGACCAGUCAGACGUGCCUGAGAUGGACUCAGAGAUCGAGCAGGAGACACAACUCACAUAUCGGCGGCAGGUUUACAAAGAAGAUCUACCUCAGCUCAAAGAGCAGUCCAAGGAGAAGCACCGUGCGAUGGCCAUGAAGAAAAGAGAGAGAACACCAGGGAGCGGGGUGAAGUUACACUUCAUCCACGGCUACAGAGGCUUCGACUGCAGGAGCAACCUGUUCUACACCCAGACAGGGGAGAUAGUGUACCACGUGGCGGCCGUGGGGGUGGUGUACAAUCGACAACAGAACACCCAGCGCUUCUACAUGGGCCAUGACGAUGACAUCCUGUGCCUGGCCAUACACCCCCUCAAGGACUUUGUAGCAACGGGCCAGGUGGGGCGAGACUCUUCCAUCCAUAUAUGGGACACAGAGAUGCUGAAAGCCAUGUCUGUGUUGAAAGGAUUCCACCAGCUGGGAGUGUGUGCCCUAGACUUCUCAGCGGAUGGCAAGCGGCUGGCCUCGGUCGGGCUGGAUGACAACCACACCAUUGUCCUUUGGGACUGGAGGAAGGGAGAGAAGCUCUCAGCCAUCAGGGGAAGCAAGGAUAAGAUCUUUGUCAUAAAAAUGAAUCCAUACUGUUCAGACAAGCUCAUCACAGCAGGGGUAAAGCAUAUGAAGUUCUGGCAUAAAGCAGGUGGUGGUCUGAUUGGGCGUAAGGGCAAUAUGGGGAAGACCGAGACAAUGAUGUGUGCUGUGUAUGGCUGGACAGAGGAGAUGGUGUUCUCGGGGACGUGCACAGGAGACAUCUGUAUCUGGAGAGACAUGUUCCUGGUAAAGACAGUCAAAGCCCAUGAUGGCCCAGUCUUCAGUAUGCACGCCCUGGAGAAGGGAUUUGUGACAGGAGGGAAGGACGGCAUAGUAGCUCUGUGGGAUGACACCUUUGAGAGAUGCCUCAAGACGUACGCCAUCAAGAGAGCAGUCCUCGCUCCAGGCUCCAAAGGGUUACUGUUGGAGGACAACCCUUCCAUACGUGCCAUAUCACUUGGUCAUGGUUAUAUACUAGUGGGGACAAAGAACGGAGAGAUUCUGGAGGUGGAUAAGAGUGGACCCAUCACCUUGCUGGUCCAGGGUCACAUGGAGGGUGAGGUAUGGGGCCUGGCCACUCAUCCCCAUCUCCCUCUCUGUGCCACUGUCAGCGAUGACAAAACCCUGCGCAUAUGGGACCUGUCCCCCAGCCACUGUAUGCUGGCUGUACGCAAGCUCAAGAAAGGGGGGCGCUGCUGCUGCUUCUCCCCUGAGGGCAAGGCCCUGGCGGUGGGCCUGAAUGACGGAAGCUUCCUCAUCGUCAACGCAGACACCCUGGAGGACCUAGUGUCCUUCCACCACCGCAAGGAUAUCAUCUCAGACAUACGCUUCUCACCAGGUGCAGGGAAGUACCUGGCGGUGGCGUCGGUUGACAGCUUUGUGGACAUCUAUAAUGUGAUGAGCAGCAAGAGGGUGGGGGUGUGCAAGGGGUCCCUCAACUAUAUCACCCAUCUGGACUGGGACAAGAGAGGAAAACUACUGCAAGUGAACACUGGUGCUAAAGAACAGUUAUUUUUCGAAGCUCCACGGGGAAAGAAGCAGACCAUUCUUGCUACAGACGUAGAGAAGAUAGACUGGAGCACAUGGACCUGUGUUCUCGGGACGUCCUGUGAGGGGAUCUGGCCUGUGGUCAGUGAGGUUACCGAGGUGACCACUGCCUGCCUUAGCAACAACAGAAACGUGUUAGCAACGGGGGAUGAUCUGGGAUACGUCAAGCUAUUCAGGUAUCCUGUCAAGGGAAAGUAUGCAAAGUUCAAGCGCUAUGUGGCCCAUAGCACCCAUGUGACUAACGUGCGGUGGACGCAUGACGAUGGUCUCCUGGUGACGGUUGGUGGGGGUGACACAUGCCUCAUGAUCUGGACCCACGAGGCCGAGGGGCACAGGGAAGCCAGACAUUGUGACAGUGAAGAGUCGGACAUCGAGAGCGAGGAUGAUGGGGGUUAUGACAGUGAUGUGACGAGGGAGAAUGAGAUGAACUACACCAUCAAGGCCUUAUCCACCAACGUGCGACCCAUGACUGGGGUCAAACCCCACUUGCAGCUGAAGGAGCCAUCUGUGGACGAGAGGCAGGGGGUAAUCAGAGGGUCAAGACCUCCUGUUAGCAGGGCACUGCCACAGCCUGAGAAGCUGCAGACCAACAAUGUGGGCAAGAAGAAGCGGCCCAUUGAGGACCUGGUGCUGGAUCUGGUUUUUGGUUACCGUGGCAAUGACUGCCGCAACAACGUCCACUACCUGAAUGAGGGGACGGAUAUCAUCUACCACACAGCUUCUGUCGGUAUCGUCCUCAACUUAACCACAGCCUGCCAAAGCUUCUAUACAGAACAUAGUGAUGACAUUCUGUGCCUGACUAUCAAUCAACACCCCAAAUUCCCCAACGUGGUGGCAACUGGCCAAGUAGGUGAUACUGGUGAUAUGUCAGCCACGUCGCCCUCCAUCCACGUGUGGGACGCCAUGAACAAGCAGACGCUGUCUGUGCUGCGCUGUUUCCACUCCCGGGGCGUCUGCUCGGUCAGCUUCAGUGCCACUGGGAAGCUGCUGCUCUCUGUGGGUCUGGACCCAGAACACACCAUCACCAUCUGGAAGUGGCAAGAAGGUGCCAAAGUGGCCAGCCGGUCGGGUCACACUCAACGGAUCUUUGUGGCAGAGUUCCGUCCGGACUCGGACACCCAGUUUGUUUCUGUUGGGAUAAAACAUGUGAGGUUCUGGACGCUCGCGGGCCGGGCUCUGCUGUGCAAGAAGGGUGUGAUGAGUUCCAUAGAGGACGCCCGCAUGCAGACCAUGCUCUCUGUAGCAUUUGGAGCUAAUAACUUGACAUUUACAGGUACCAUUAGUGGGGAUGUGUGUGUGUGGAAGGAGCACAUUCUAGUGAGAGUAGUGGCUAAAGCCCACACAGGCCCUGUAUUCACCAUGUACACCACACUAAGAGAUGGCCUCAUCGUUACGGGAGGCAAGGAAAGACCGUCAAAGGAAGGAGGUGCUCUGAAGCUGUGGGACCAGGAGCUGAAGCGUUGCAGAGCCUUUCGCCUGGAGACAGGACAGAUCAUAGACUGUGUGCGCUCCGUAUGCAGAGGAAAGGGUAAAAUUCUGGUAGGAACCCGGAAUGCUGAGAUCAUUGAGGUGGGGGAAAAGAAUGCAGCGUGCAACAUCCUGGUGAACGGCCACAUGGAUGGUCCGAUCUGGGGCGUUGGCACCCAUCCCACACGGGACGUGUUCCUUUCUGCUGCAGAGGAUGGCACUGUGAGGCUGUGGGACAUCCCAGAGAAGAAGAUGCUAAACAAGGUGAACCUGGGACACCCAGCUCGUACAGUGGCCUACAGCCCCGAGGGGGACAUGGUGGCCAUUGGCAUGAAGAAUGGAGAGUUCAUUAUCCUGCUGGUCACCUCACUCAAGAUCUGGGGCAAGAAGAGGGACCGUCGCUCUCCCAUCCAAGAUAUCAGGUUCAGUCCAGAUUCACGCUAUUUGGCAGUGGGCUCCAGUGAGAGUGCGGUUGACUUCUACGACCUGACUCUUGGACCACAACUCAACCGCAUUAACUGCUGCAGGGACAUCCCCAGCUUUGUCAUGCAGAUGGACUUCUCUGCAGACAGCUGCUAUGUUCAGAUAUCGACUGGUGCUUACAAGCGGCUGGUGUACGAGGUGCCAUCUGGAAAGCAUGUCACUGAGCAGUCAGUCAUAGACAGGAUAACCUGGGCCACAUGGACAAGUGUCCUGGGGGAUGAGGUUGUGGGGAUCUGGUCCCGUAACACUGACAAAGCAGACGUCACCUGUGCCUGUGUUUCCCACUCUGGCCUGAACAUCGUCACAGGCGAUGACUUUGGAAUGGUAAAGCUGUUUGACUUUCCAUGUCCAGAAAAGUUUGCCAAACACAAACGCUUUCUGGGCCACUCAGCCCACUUGACUAAUAUUCGCUUCACAAGUGGGGAUCGCUUCGUCAUUAGUGCUGGUGGGGAUGAUAGAAGCCUGUUUGUCUGGAGGUGCGUCCAUGCCCCUCACUGAGAGGCACACCAGGAGUGACACAUCAUCCAUCCACCACUGUGUCCAGUCCAGGGGUCUGCAUGGGCUUUUCCCAGCAUGCCUAUUCAGAGAGAAGAACCCUCUCCACUCCGCUGUGGGAUAACUACACAGCUAGUGAACAUGACUCACUGCCUCAACACUCGGGGCAUCAGCGUGAGCCUCAUCUACACUACAGUAUAAGCCCUGAUUGUUCUUCCACGAGGUGGAAGACAUCAUACCACUACCGUUGCAAAAUAUCCCUCCAAAACAUCACAUCACAGUUGUAAAGCUUUCUUUCAUAUCACCUGCACAUGAUUUUGAUGGUGGUGGUUAUUUAUUUUUAGUAUGAAUGUUUGUGUCAAUGUUCUAAAUGGCAGUUUUGCCAGUCGGCAGGAGUUAGUGUGACUGAUAAAAAUGCCAUUUUUAAAACUUGCAGCAAACUAAUUUAGCCUUAAUCUCCUUCUGAGUGACUGAUGAGGUUUGGAAUGGUUUGAUGUUUGUUUUAUAUAAUUCCAUUGUUUUUCUUUUGACUAAUACAAGUUCUUGUUUUCUUACUUAUUUUUUACAAAUUAUUUAAACUCCUGUGGCCUUCCUCAUGAAUGUAACAUCCGCAGUUAUGUUCUGGAUGUCAGCAUGCCAAAGCAUACUAUGCACUGUACACCUGACACUGUGACACUGGGUCACUGUGUUACCCUGAUGGUUUGUGUAUGUGACCAUGUUGUCCACUGGUUGAACCUCAAACCCCCAGCAUUGAUUCAAAUGUAGUGAUCUUUUAGCUUGUGCAGUAACCCUCCAUAACAUACAAUGUGUGUGUAUACUUGUUUGAGGUUUUGUGUAUGUGUGUAAUGGGAAUGCAUGGCUUAUCAAAAGACAAUCCCUGAUUCCCUGUCCAACCAAAUUCCUCAAAAAAACUAAGGAAAAAAGCUGAAAAUGUUUCAAUGCACUGUUGCAUUUCUCCUUUUGAUCACUUUUCAGUGUGCUGCUAUGGCGUAACAUUAUUAAGAGCAUACAUAUUGAUAUACGUUUAAAAGGGAGUGGCUAUUUUUACAAGGAUAUAGAUUUAUGUUUCUCGUAACCAGAUAUGAUAUUGCUCAACUGGAAUGUAACUGAGUAAAUAGAAAAUAUGAAACAUGCAAAAUGUUUUCCCUCGUUUUAUGAUAGUUCUGUUAAAUUGAUUAAAUGCGUUAACUGCAUAUUUUGAUUUAUAUUACAUCAAUGUAAAUAUAAUUUGUAAAGAUAUUGUUUUGUAUAUUUUUUGUGAAAUCUUUCUUAAAUCAAAUUUUAAUAAAAAAAAUAAAGACU